AUGGCUUACAACGAUGAUGCCGUACUGGCCAAGCUGUCUGCUUUGAACGAGACGCAGGAGAGCAUUGUCACUGUCGCCCAAUGGGUUAUGUUUCAUCGGAGACAUGCAGAUCGGACGGGACAGCUGUGGCUCCAACGCCUGAAGGACUCCGGAAGCAAUAAGAGACUGAACCUCAUCUAUCUCGCGAACGAAGUCGCCCAGCAAUCAAAGGCCCGUCGCAAGGACGAUUUCCUGAUUGCAUUCUCCCCCGUUAUCGCCGAAGCUACGGCCUGCGCAUACAAAGGAGCUACGAACGAGGUGCAGCAGAAGCUGCGGAGGGUCGUGGAAGUUUGGAGACAAAGACAGAUUUUUGAGAUGCCGAUACAAGAAGCUAUUGAGUCGAGAAUUGAUGAAUUGGAUAAGUCCAGAACGAAUAAUAAGCGGGCAACGGGGUCUAUCUUCUCAGGCGGUGCAUCAUCCGUUCCAAACGAACUCGCUCCUCUCGUCGGCCCUCAGCAAACGGUAUCCAAACUCGUUCUCUCAACCAAAACCUCCGUCAAUGCCGCAAGCGCGGAGUAUCUUAAGCAGGCCGACCCCAACAAAACCACGCUAUCCGCUCCAGUUCACGCUGCACGUCUCAACGGGGUACUCAAAGCGCUCGCCAACGCCGAAGGCGCAGUCGCGGAAGGCAUCAAGGCCCGCAAAAUUCUGAUCGAGGGGCUUGAGAAGAUUCUGGACACCAACCGCAGCUUGCUUGCCUCAGAAGAAUUGCAACUCAGUGAACUUUCAGGCCGCCGGACCGAGAUUGAUAACAAGAAGCGCGAGGUAGAGGAGAGUAUCAUGCGUGGCUUCUCGAACAGCAAUCCAGCUACACCACUCGGUGACGGACCCCAAGGAACACACACUCACCACUCGCCGACUCCUGGUCCCGAGCCUGACCGUCCUGAAGUCGAAGCCCUCACGCCACCUGGGUACCCCCCUGCGCCCGUCGAAGAGGAAUUCGUCCCGGAGUUCAAUCUCAACGGCAACUCGAACGGCAGCAACGGUAACGGCAACGGUCAAGCAGUGCAACACACCCAGAUGCAGUACCAAGAGUAUAAGCAAGACCCGUACCACUCCCCGACCGGAGCACCCGGCCUGGAUCUGUUGAGUAGCCUUAGCACGACGUACGCGAGGCCGGCGAGCAGCGGGAGCGCAAAAAAGAGAAAGUUGAAUGAUGAGUUUGAGGGAAUGGGUGAUGCGAUGGAGGGAUUGGAUGCUGAUGUUGUGGGGAUUCUCAACAAGGGGCUGUAG